AUGUCAGGCUACGCUGGCGGAGGCCACUAUGACGAUGGCUAUGCCAACCAAGGUCAUGGUCAUGGUGACUCCUACUAUCAGGAUGAACAUGCCCAAGGAGGGUACUACGACAACCAAGCACAUGGCGAUGGUUACUACGACCAAGGUCACGGAUACUACGCCGAUGGCUACGGUGCCGAAGGGGCCCACCCCACCGAUGGUGCCGCGCACGGCCAAGGAUACGCCGAUGGAGGAUAUUAUGAGGCUGGACACCAAGACUAUGGCGACCAGUAUUAUGACCAGGGCCACGGCGAAUACCCACGGGGCCGACGUGGUCACGAUUCCGAGGAGGACUCCGAAACUUUCAGCGAUUUCACGAUGAGAUCAGAGACUGCUCGCGCUGCGGACAUGGAUUACUAUGGCCGCGGAGACGAACGGUAUAAUAGCUACACCGACAGCCAGUACGGUGGCCGUAGCGGUUACGGAGGAUAUCGCCCUCCCUCUUCCCAGAUUUCCUACGGCGCCAACCGGUCAUCCGGUGCUUCAACCCCUGUUUACGGCAUGGAAUAUGGCAACGCGCUCCCCGCUGGCCAGCGGUCUCGCGAGCCAUACCCAGCGUGGUCCUCUGAUGCCCAAAUCCCUCUCUCGAAGGAGGAGGUUGAGGACAUCUUCCUGGACUUGGUCAACAAAUUCGGUUUCCAGCGUGACAGCAUGCGGAAUAUGUACGACCACAUGAUGACUAUGCUGGACUCCCGUGCUUCGCGUAUGACUCCCAACCAGGCUCUGCUUUCCAUCCACGCCGACUACAUUGGAGGACACAACGCCAACUACCGGAGAUGGUACUUCGCUGCCCAUCUGGAUCUGGACGAUGCGGUUGGCUUCGCCAACAUGAAGCUUGGAAAGGCAGACCGCAAGACUCGGAAGGCCCGCAAAGCGGCGGCCAAGGCGGCCAAGCAGAACCCCGAGAACGAGGAGGAGACGCUUGAGGCCUUGGAAGGCGACAACAGUCUGGAGGCCGCUGAAUACCGUUGGAAGUCGCGCAUGAACCGCAUGUCUCAGCAUGACCGGGCCCGCCAGAUUGCUUUGUACUUGCUGAUUUGGGGUGAAGCAAACCAGGUUCGCUUCCUCCCAGAGUGCAUCUGCUUCAUUUUCAAGUGUGCCGACGACUACUACACUUCACCCGAAUGUCAAGCCCGGGUGGAGCCAGUUGAGGAAUUCACUUACCUGAACGAGAUUGUCACCCCUCUCUACCAGUACUGCCGCGACCAGGGAUACGAGAUUAUGGACGGCAAGUAUGUCCGUCGUGAGCAUGACCACAACGAAAUCAUCGGUUACGAUGACAUGAACCAGCUGUUUUGGUACCCAGAGGGUAUUGAGCGCAUUGGGUUCGAGGAUAAGACUCGUUUGGUUGAUGUGCCCAUUGGUGAGAGAUGGCCCAAAUUGAAAGACGUUGUCUGGAAGAAGGCUUUCUUCAAGACCUACAAGGAAACACGUUCUUGGUUCCAUAUGAUUACGAACUUCAACCGUAUCUGGGUCAUCCAUCUUGGCUCGUUCUGGUUCUUCACUGCCUACAACGCCCCGACUCUCUACACAAUCAACUACCAGCAACAGCUCGACAACAAGCCUGAUAGCCCAAAGUUCCUUGCUGCUGUCGGCUUCGGUGGUGCUCUCGUCUCGUUCAUUCAAAUCAUGGCCACCAUUUUCGAAUGGGUUUACGUUCCAAGAGGCUGGGCCGGUGCACAGCACUUGCGCAAGCGUUUCAUGUUCCUCCUUGGUGUUUUCAUCAUCAACCUCGCUCCUGGUAUCGUGAUUUUCAGCAUCUUGCCAUCCCUCGGCAUGUCGAAGAGCACAGAGCACGGUGUUGGUCUUGCGCUCGGUAUCGUCCACUUUGUCCUCGCCGUCCUGACGGCUGUCUUCUUCGCCAUCCAACCACUGGGUGCGCUCUUUGGUAACUACAUGAAGAAGAACGGACGCAAAUAUGUUGCCAGUCAGACUUUCACUGCCAGUUUCCCCCGACUUGCAGGAAAUGACAUGUGGAUGUCUUACGGUCUCUGGGUCUGUGUUUUCGGUGCAAAGCUGGCUGAGUCCUACUUCUUCUUGACUCUGUCGUUCAAGGAUCCCAUUCGCAUCCUCUCGCCAAUGCAGAUCCACCAGUGCACUGGUGCGAAGUACAUUGGAAACGCUGUUUGCCACCGACAGCCUCAGAUUCUCCUGGGUCUUAUGGCCUUCAUGGAUCUGACGCUCUUCUUCCUGGACAGUUAUCUGUGGUACAUUAUCUGCAACACGAUCUUCUCGGUCGCAAGAUCCUUCUACCUCGGUGUAUCGAUCUGGUCCCCCUGGAGAAACAUCUUCUCUCGCCUGCCGAAACGUAUCUACUCCAAGGUCCUUGCUACCACCGACAUGGAAAUCAAGUACAAGCCGAAGGUUCUCAUCUCUCAAGUGUGGAACGCCAUCAUUAUUUCGAUGUACCGCGAGCACUUGCUGGCUAUCGAUCACGUCCAGAAGUUGCUCUACCACCAGGUUCCUUCUGAGCAGGAAGGCAAGCGCACCCUCCGCGCUCCCACUUUCUUCGUCUCGCAGGAAGAUCAAUCUUUCAAGACCGAGUUCUUCCCUCAAGGCAGUGAAGCUGAGCGUCGUAUCUCCUUCUUCGCCCAGUCUCUGUCCACGCCCAUGCCUGAGCCUUUGCCUGUUGACAACAUGCCUACCUUCACUGUCCUGAUUCCUCACUACAGCGAGAAGAUUCUUCUCUCUUUGCGUGAGAUUAUUCGUGAAGACGAGCCUUACUCCCGUGUUACUCUGUUGGAAUACCUCAAGCAGCUUCACCCUCACGAGUGGGAUUGCUUCGUCAAGGAUACCAAGAUUCUCGCAGAUGAGACAUCACAGUUCAAUGGAGACUACGAGAAGCCUGAAAAGGAUGUUGCUAAGAGCAAGAUCGAUGACCUUCCAUUCUACUGCAUUGGUUUCAAGUCUGCUGCUCCUGAGUACACUCUUCGCACCCGAAUCUGGGCAUCGCUCCGAUCUCAAACCUUGUAUCGCACCGUUUCCGGUUUCAUGAACUACAGCCGUGCCAUCAAGCUCCUCUACCGUGUUGAGAACCCCGAGGUCGUUCAAAUGUUUGGUGGUAACUCUGAGAAGCUCGAACGCGAGCUCGAGCGUAUGGCUCGUCGCAAGUUCCGCAUCUGUGUCUCCAUGCAGCGUUACGCAAAGUUCAACAAGGAUGAGCGUGAGAACACUGAGUUCCUGCUCCGUGCCUACCCGGAUCUGCAAAUCGCCUACCUCGAUGAGGAGCCCCCAGUCAAUGAGGGCGAGGAACCCCGUCUCUACUCGGCACUGAUUGAUGGUCACUGUGAACUUCUCGAGAACAACAUGCGCAAGCCCAAGUUCAGAAUUCAACUUUCCGGAAACCCCAUUCUCGGAGAUGGAAAGUCAGACAACCAGAACCACUCCAUCAUCUUCUACCGUGGUGAAUACAUCCAGCUUAUCGAUGCUAACCAGGACAACUACCUGGAAGAGUGUCUUAAGAUUCGCAGUGUCCUGGCUGAGUUCGAGGAGCUCACCACCGAUAACGUCUCUCCCUACACGCCUGGUGUCGCCUCGCCCGAGGAGACCCCUGUUGCCAUCCUCGGUGCUCGUGAGUACAUUUUCUCUGAGAACGUCGGUGUUCUCGGUGAUGUUGCUGCCUCCAAGGAACAAACGUUCGGUACCCUCUUCGCACGUACACUUUCGCAAGUUGGCGGUAAGCUGCACUACGGUCAUCCUGAUUUCCUGAACGCUACUUUCAUGUGUACCCGUGGCGGUGUUUCCAAAGCUCAAAAGGGAUUGCAUCUCAACGAAGAUAUUUACGCUGGUAUGAACGCUCUUCUGCGUGGUGGUCGUAUCAAGCAUUGCGAGUACUUCCAGUGUGGUAAGGGUCGUGAUCUUGGUUUCGGAUCCAUUCUGAACUUCACCACCAAGAUUGGUACUGGUAUGGGUGAGCAGAUGUUGUCCCGCGAGUACUACUACCUCGGAACCCAGCUGCCUCUUGACCGUUUCCUCUCCUUCUACUACGCUCACCCCGGUUUCCAUCUGAACAACAUGUUCAUUAUGCUUUCGGUGCAAAUGUUCAUGAUUGUGUUGAUCAACCUUGGCGCUUUGAAGCACGAGACCAUCAUCUGCAAGUACAACUCCGAUCUGCCUAUCACCGAUCCCCUGGUUCCCACCCUCUGUGCCAACUUGACUCCCAUUCUCGACUGGGUCAACCGUUGUGUCAUCUCCAUUUUCAUCGUGUUCUUCAUUUCAUGGGUGCCAUUGGCAGUUCAGGAAUUGACCGAGCGUGGUGUUUGGCGCAUGGCUACUCGUCUGGCGAAGCACUUCGGUUCCCUUUCCUUCAUGUUCGAGGUGUUCGUUUGUCAAAUCUACGCCAACGCUGUUCACGCCAAUUUGUCUUUCGGAGGUGCUCGUUACAUUGGUACCGGUCGUGGUUUCGCCACUGCGCGUAUCCCAUUCGGUGUGCUGUACUCCAGAUUCGCUAGUCCCUCGAUCUAUCUUGGUGCUCGUCUCCUGCUCAUGCUGUUGUUCUCCACCACAACAGUGUGGACUCCGGCCUUGAUCUGGUUCUGGGUUUCCCUGCUCGCUCUCUGCAUUUCGCCCUUCUUGUUCAACCCUCACCAAUUCGCCUGGAACGAUUUCUUCAUUGAUUAUCGCGACUACAUCCGCUGGUUGUCGCGUGGUAACUCUCGGUCUCACGCAUCGUCAUGGAUUGGAUUCUGCCGUCUUUCCCGUACUCGACUCACUGGUUACAAGCGGAAGCUCCUUGGUGUUCCUUCCGAGAAGGGCUCCGGUGACAUCCCAAGAGCCCGCCUCACGAACAUCUUCUUCAGUGAAAUCAUCUCGCCCUUGCUCGGAGUCGGCGCCACACUGAUCCCGUACCUCUACAUCAACUCUCGCACCAUGUUCUCCAAUGACGAGAAAUGGGCCGCCAACCCCAUCGCUCGCGUUGCGAUCGUUGCCUUCGCACCGGUCGGUAUCAACGCGGGUGUUGCUGGUAUGUUCUUCGGUAUGGCUUGCUGUAUGGGUCCAGUCUUCGGCAUGUGCUGUAAGAAGUUCGGAGCUGUCCUUGCCGCUAUCGCCCACGCCAUUGCCGUCAUUGCAUUCCUCAUCUUCUUCCUCGCCAUGUUCGUCCUCGAAUCCCUCAACUGGCCCCGAACCAUUUCUGGUAUGAUCGCAGCCAUGGCUCUCCAGCGCUUCAUCUACAAGUUGAUCAUCUCCCUCGCGUUGACUCGUGAGUUCAAGAACGACCAGUCGAACAUCGCUUGGUGGACUGGAAAAUGGUACAACAUGGGAUGGCACUCUCUCUCCCAGCCUGGCCGUGAGUUCUUGUGUAAGAUCACGGAGCUUGGAUACUUCGCCACCGAUUUCUUCUUGGGACACAUCUUACUGUUUGCCAUGCUGCCCGCGCUGGCUAUCCCCUAUGUUGACAAGUUCCACUCGGUCAUUCUCUUCUGGCUGCGCCCAAGCCGACAAAUCCGCCCUCCGAUCUACUCUCUCAAGCAAUCGAAGCUGCGCAAGAGACGUGUUGUCCGUUUCGCCAUUCUGUACUUCACCAUCCUCGUUAUCUUCGUGGUCAUUAUCGCUGCCCCCGUUGUUCUCCGCAACACAGACCUGCUUGAUGAUUUCCUGAAGAACAGUCUCUGGAACUCAAUCGGUGUCAAGGACACCUCAGCAAUUGGUCUGCUCCAGCCGCUUGACCACAACCUUAAUGACACCGUCGACUGGUACACUGGAUCUGGACUCCCAGGCGGUUACUCGUCCAGCUCCGCUCCCACUCCCUCUGCAGGUUACGACAAGUGGGCCAUUUAA